AUGCUUUCCGGACGGUCUUUGAACCGUCCGGACGCCGGUUCCGGACGGUCUUUAAGCCGUCCGGACGCCGGUUCCGGACGGGCUUUAAGCUGUCCGGAACCGGCGGCCGGACACGUAUUUUUUCAUAAAUUGUCUGAUAUGUUUAGAAAAAAUGAGAAGGGCAAAAUUGUCCAAGGAGGGCGAACAAGUGGAAGUUCGCCAAUGGCGGCAGUGUCGUUCAGAUACUUGGUGCAGCUACACAAGGACGUCCCAAAAGCGGCGAGAUUCUACUCAGAGGGCUUGGGGUUUACCAUUAACGUUUGCACCCUCCGGUGGGCCGAGCUCAACUCCGGCCAGCUCAAGCUCGCUCUCUUGCAUUCUCCCAGUGAAAAUGUCGAGCAGAAGGGCUAUUCAUCACUGCUAUCAUUUACAGUUAGCGAUAUCAAUAGUACCGUGACAAAAUUGAUGAGCUUGGGUGCAGAAUUGGACGGUCCAAUUAAGUACGAAAUCCAUGGAAAGGUAGCGGCAGUGAGAUGUGCCGAUGGGCACGUGUUAGGUCUUUACGAGCCCGCUUAG